GUUCUUGUGCCAGUUGCUAAUGGUUCAGAGGAAAUUGAAGCUCUUAAUUUAAUAGAUGUCUUGCGUAGAGCAGGUGCAAAUGUUACAGUUGCAUCAGUUGAGGAUACCCUGCAAAUCGUGACCCGGCGUCACAAGUUUAAUCUGAUAGCUGACAUGAUGUUGAACGAAGCUGCUAAAAUGGAAUUUGAUCUGAUUGUCAUGCCGGGCGGUCUGUCGGGUGCUCAAAAGUUUGCUAAUACAGACAAACUUGUUGAUUUACUGAAGAAGCAGGCAGGAUCUGGUAAACCCUAUGGUGCAAUAUGUGCUUCACCAGCUCAUGUCCUCGAGCCCCACGGUUUACUGAAGGGGAAAAAGGUGACGGCGUUUCCACCCAUGGCGCACCUGCUUACAGACCAGAGCCUAUGUGAGAACAGGGUUGUGAUUGACGGAAAUCUUAUCACUAGCAGAGCCCCAGGGACUGCGACAGAGUUCGCCCUGGCCAUUGUUGAGAAGCUAUUUGGUCGAGAGAAAGCAGUCAGUAUAGCGAAGGAGUUUGUUUUUAUGUGAUCACAAGCUGAGUUGGUGCUGUGUGCAGUGCAAAGUGCAAACUCUGUGGAUAACCCCGCCUCUGUGUAGAUAAUGCCUGCGCUGGUAGGAACUGCGUGUACAUUUGCUGGAAUUAUAGAAGCAUACC